GAUGCCACAAUAAUGACGAGCAAUGAGGCCAACCCCCUCCGUCCUGCCGUUGCGUUGCUCUCUCUCCCCUCUGCUUCAUUCAACCUCACACGCCAUUACGUCUUUGCAAUGCAGCUUGGUGUUUCCAUGACAAAGCGCAACCUCCAACUGGUUUCACAGGUUGCAGCAUCUCCGGCCACCUCAGUAGUGCAGAGUGUGUGCUGCACAUGGGUCGCCGACCGCAGACACAUCAGGCCCCGGCUUGCUGCGACAUCGCAUCCUCCGCCAACGUCACCACCGCUGGCUGACAUGACAAUCGCCACAGCCUCGCGUGGCCGCGCCAUUGCACGGACAUUGGCGUGGCUGGCGGCCCCGUCAGGCCCGUCAGGCCCAUCAGGCCCAUCGCGUCCUGCGCCAGUUCGCCGCCAGUUGGCCUGACACCCGCGUCUUCCCGAGCCAGUCUCAGUCCACCGUCACCACUCUCCGAUAUUAGGAGACCCGCUGCGAGCCACAUUCCAGCGAUGUCGCACAUUGGCAUCAAGACGACUGGGCGAGAGGGCAAUCAAACUCCUUCACUCCCAUUGCCCGGGGAGAGCCGCAGCCAGCCGCCCCGCCUGGCCUGCUCGUCUGCCAUUAGGUAACGCUUUGUCGACAAAACCGCCCACAGCGUCCACGUGCCUUGCUCGAGCCGCAUCAGCAACUCCGUUGCCCGUCAGGGGAGGCCUGCCUUCGGUCCCACUGCUCCCCAUCCCGGUCCCAUCUCGCCUGCAUUCCGUUCCUGGGGUACCGUUCUAGCGCUGAGACACCCUGGUCCCCCGCAUUCCACCUGUCCACUCGACCCAAGCCUUCUCCCUCCCUUGUAAGUUGUCUCCCUGUCACGCCUGUCCCUCUGCCUCCCUGUCGAGGCAAACGGGAGACGCCCUUCUUCUUCGUCUCGUGGCUUCCGGGCUCCCAUCGCCCCGUCAUAACCCUGUCCCUUAUUAUUGCGGGCACGGGACCUCCGUAUCGGCCGAGUCGGAUACGCUCGUGACACCAGCUCCCCGGACGACAGGCGCCCGGCCCAGAGAGCCCGGUCCGACUGCCCGGCCCGUCCGGCUUACAUCAUAUAAGAACCGCAGUCAAUAUCUAUAUCAUAUCCACCACCUAUUGAUGCCGAAACUAGCAUGCUUGUUUCUUGGCUUCCUCCGUAUACAUCCAUAAGAUCCACUCAAGUGUCCACUACGCCGCCACAACAUCUACGGAGUGAACCACUGGGGCAAUGCUGACUGUCCUACCUACCAUGACCUGACCUCACCUCCUAUCGAAUAAAAACUACGAGCUCUGGCCUGCAAACCUUGAACACCUCUCUGCUGAUUAUACCCUCUACCCUGCUUCUUGCACGGCCAAGUCUUAUCAGACUGGUUCCCGUAGAAAACACUCGGUACACGGGAUGAUUGUGUCUCCAGGAUGACUUGGUAGACAUUAAUUGGGCUCUACUGGCUUCUGACCACAUUUUGUGCAUUUCUUGAAGCUCUGACAUUUGAGUAUAGGUUUGUACAUGGAGUAUGUGAUCCUGCCGUCUGGCUACCACUACGCAAGCAACUAGGCGCGGGGGGUGUUCCCUUACACUUGGGCACGUUUCAUAUCCCCCGGCUCUCGGAUUCAGAGCUGGAUUCAACACGACAAGGCUGAGAUGUUUCCAUUUUCAUAAAUACUGUUUUGCCUAUCUAAUAUUGCGGCAUCUCUCUCCUUUUCCUCGUCUGGCUUUGGCGAAAUUGGAUUGCCAAGACCCGUUCUUCGACCUCUCGGGCAAUCCGAGAAAUCAACAAUAUCCAUUCAGUCUCCCCUUCCAUUGAAUCCCCACCACUGCCAAUCCUGGACAGAACAAUGCUUGGACUUCUAAUCAAAGGGGUCCAUUGCGUCUUCGGCGGCAUUCGCCGGAGGAAUGUGAUGGACACACUGAUAAGGCCCCCUCCAUCUGGGACCAGAACAAGGAAAGCCGUUCCAGUAUCAGUCUGACAGCCAGCCUUAUGGUGGCAACUGCAUCCUACGUGCCUCAAUGAAGGCUGCCAACAUGCUUGCAGUCCCUGGUUCACAAUGACUAGCGUCGUGAUGAGACUAUCUAUUGGUUCAUCGCGGCUUGUGGUCUCUCAACCCUCGCUUGCUUCAUCUGUGCUGGGCCAUCACUUGGGAUACGCGCGCUGACAUUGGUCACAGAGCAAGCAUUGGCUGCUAUCUUCAUCCUUCCUGAGAGGGAUUGUGCUUGGGGGUCUUUCAAGUGAGCGCCGAUAGCCAGAGAACCUCAUGGUGAUGUCCGACGACACACCAACAGGUCUGUCUGCUUACUGUGCGCCCUCUAUCAUGACCGAUUAAGGCACGCUUGGGCAGUGUUGGAAGGCUUAGGCUGCUGCUGCCUGUUGUGAUGGAUUGUGAUCGAAUCCUGCGCGGCGUCGAAUUGAAAGAUCCUGGGAGAUAGCGGCAGCGGCGUGCGGUGUCCGCGGCACACAGCUUUCACGUCGACAAUACGGUUGCACAUGGCGAGUAUAUAAGAAGAAGAUGGGCAUGAGACAAAAGGUUGAGCUUUGGGGACAGGUUGUUCUCUCACCCUUCGCUCUUUUUCUUUCAGCUCAACGCCGAAAACCGAACCCACACAGCCUUUAUAAAAACAGAUUUCUACGUCACCUUCAGAAUCUUCCUCUCAAGACCAAGAUGAAGUUCACCAUGCUAGCCGCCUUUGUGGCCACCUUUCUCCCUCGCGCGGUCUAUACUGCUCCCAUCGCCGCCCCCAUGGCGGACCCGGGACUGGCCAUACCUGUCCACGACAGCUACGCCGGCGCCGCAGCCCGGGAUGAAGUCUCCACUGCUGGCCGCUCUGGGUACAACUCUGUCGACAUUGUCACCCGGAAUGACCCUAGCGGUUUUUCGACGGACGGGCGGUCUGGCUACAACUCUGUGGAGAUAGUGGGGCGCAACAGUGCCACCAACGCCGACACGGCCGGCCGGAGUGGUUACAACUCUGUAGGGUUCGUUGAAAGGAAAGUCACUACCAACGCGGAGACAAAUGGCCGGUCAGGCUACAACUAGAGCCACGACCAGCACUACUGUCCAUCUGGUGGCUGGAUGUGAGUCGUCGCAGAUACGAGGUGAUAACGAGAUAUACGUAGGAUUCAUCCUUUUUUGCUGUUGGUUGUGGUGAGGUGGAUUAAUACAUGCCAUUGGCUCGCAGGAUCCUUGCUGGCUGCCGGCCAGGGGCCUACAAAGCUGUGGCGCUUCUAUCAAGCGCCAUGACAAGGCACACACACUCAUUACCAGUCGGGAUUUGUUUUCACGGUGACUGCUGGGAUGGAGAGC